AAAUUUUUGACUGUAUUCCUGUAAACUUUCGCUUUAUUCUGUUUUCUCUCUUGACCACUUGGAAUUCGAAAUCGAAUUUGAAUCGGAAGUAUUCGUUCAAAUCUCAUUCUCAAUCUCUGUUGACCGAUUUCACCUCCUCAUCACUAAACCCAACACUAAGACCCAGUCCAACACCACACUCACUCUAGCCAUUCACCACUUUCCCCCAAACCAAUCUCAUCAAUUAUCAACAAAUCACAUUCGAUAUGGGUUUUUCAUUUGGUGAUUUUGAUCAAAUUUGUUCUUCGGCUGCUUUGAUCGUUUGUCCAUUAAUGGGUACAACCAAUGGAAUCGGAAUUCAACCUACUUGUUAUGCAAGAAAUGUUGAAAUCAAAGGUUUAAUUCUUUUUCAACCUGCUGUACUCUUUAUUCAUGUGAUUGCUUUGAUCAUGUUGGCUAUUAUGAUUUUACAUAUCAAAUCAAAAUAUACGGCUGUCGGUAGAAAAGAAAUCGUUUUGUUUUUUUACUUUUAUACUUUGGUGACUAUCUUGAGUUUCUUUUUGGAUGGUGGGAUCAUCCCUUCUAGUUCUCCUGUUUAUCCGUGGUUUGCAGCUGCUCAAACUGGUAUGGUUUGUGCUACAUUUUGGUGUUUACUUGUGAAUGGUUUUGUUGGAUUUCAAUUUGCUGAAGAUGGUACACCUCUUAGUCUUUGGUCAUUACGAGGAUCAUCUGCUACUGUCUUUGGAAUCGCGUUCUUUAUCGCUAUCGCUACUUUCAAAUCUCUUGCAUCUUUCUCACCUGCUCAACCACUCGCACUUUGGAUCAUGAUGUACAUCUUCAACGGUGCUUGUCUAGCGAUCUAUGUCAUCCUUCAACUCCUAUUGGUCGUUCGUACGCUCGAUGACCGUUGGCCGAUUGGUGAUAUCCUCUUCGGUCUCGGAUUCUUUACUACCGGACUCGUUCUCAUCUACGGUUUCAGUCAAACGAUUUGUGAUGCUAUCACACAUUAUGUGGAUGGUCUCUUCUUCUCUCAGCUAUGUUUCUUACUUUCAGUGAUGAUGGUUUACAAAUAUUGGGAUUCAAUCACAAAAGAAGAUUUGGAAUUCUCAGUUGGAUCAAAACAAGCAGUUUGGGAUAUUUCAGCCAAAGAAGGACUUUUAUCUCAAGAUGAACCUAAUCACUUUUAUUCUCAAACAUCUGGAAUGUUUUCACCUUUACAUUCUCAAUUACAAACUCCAAAUCAACAGAUGGGUUAUCCUCCUCAUGGUGGGAACGGUCAGAAGUAUGGCGGAUAUUGAAAAUGAAGAAAUGGACAAUCAGCGAUCUCAAUCAGUUAUAUCCACCGCAAAUAACUCACAGCUUCUAGCAUCCUAUAAUCAAUCCCUAUCGGUCUCGAAUCUUGGACCCGAGUCAUUCAUUCUUAUCCAUUUUCAAUCCAUCAAUCGUCUGAGUCGCCAGUGUGAAGGAAACGAUUGCGGAGAUGAGAUACAUCUCUUCUGCCAACUUCGUAAUCUAAAUCAUUCACAAUUCACAAGUCUAGUCUUGCUAUCAUCACUCUUCACUUCUCACUAAUAUUUGCAGUUGUUGUACGACCACCUUCAACCCCACCUCACCUCAUCUUCCCACCUUCCAGUUACUACUGUUUCAUGAGGCAGACACUACUUUCUGCUGAGCUGAAUCAUUCAAGUACAUAAUAGUUCUUUUCAUUUCUGAAAAAAAGCAAUGUGAGGUAUCUUAUUACCCCUCCUUCUAAACUACACAAAUCUUAUCUCUCCUUUCUUUUUAUUCAUCCUUAACCUCAAUUGAUGAAUUAUAUUUUGAAAGUCUUUAAAUACUAUCAAAGAAAUCCUACUGAAGUUUUCCAUAGUAGAAAUACCUAUAUAAAUAUACAUUUUAGUGUGGUAUUUUUUUCUUCCUUUCUUAUUUGAUCUAAAGAUGUAUUAAUUUAUAUAUAAUUGGUUUUUUUGGUUUUUUCAUCGUUUGGUUGUUGAUUCUUUUCGGACAUUUAAUUUUUAUAUUUUUGUCUUUUUUUGGGGGGGUUUCUUUCUUUUAAAGGGUGUUGAUUUGAGAUUUUUUUUCUUUUUUUUGGUGUGUUAAUAAUGAAGGAGAAUGAAGAUAUAUUAGAG